AUGUUCCGUAAGAAAGACGAGGAAGAAGAAGAAAAUGGGAAAAAUACCAAGGUACGACCUCAAGGGAAAAAGAAACUCGAGGUCCGAAAGAAGACUCAGCGAAACGAGUGUUCAUUACAUACUGCACUGAAAAAAGGACUGAUUGUGGACAACAUACUGCAAAAAACAAAAGGUGAAAUUGCUGAAAUUCUGAUCAACUUUUACGCUGAACUCCGAAGAAAAGAUGGUGAAUUGUAUAGUAGAUCUUCCAUGAUCAACAUCAGGUUUGGUUUGCAGAGAUUUUUCCAAAAAAUUAACUAUGACAUUAUUAAUGACCCAGAUUUUCGUCUAUCAAACGAAAUGUUCAAGGCAGUUUUGACCAACAUCAAACGAACUGGAAAGGGAACCACUCAACACAAGGAAAUUAUCAGCGAUGCUGACAUGGCAACAUUGUAUAGUAGCGGCGUCCUAAACGGAAACAGUCCACAGGGAUUGCAAUAUAAAGUUUUUCUUGAUGUGAUGUUCUACACAUGUAGAAGAGGAAGGGAAAAUCUGAGAAGUAUGAAGAAAACUGAUUUUGUUUUGAGGACAGAUGGCCAAGGAAGGAGGUAUUAUCUUAAUAUCGCUCAGUAUGAAACCAAAAAUCACAGAGGAAGUGACGUGAAUGACUAUGAUGCAUCUUCAGCAAGAAUAUAUGAAAUACCAGGUGAUGAGAAGUGUCCUGUGUCUAGUCUGGAGAAAUACCUCGGAAAACUGAAUCCAAAUUGUGAAAGUUUUUGGCAGAAACCGAAGCGCCAUAUCAACGAUUCAGAUGCUGUUUGGUAUGACAAUUCUCCACUAGGGCUAGAAAACCCAGUUGUUCCAACAAAUUCUUGUACCAGUACUUCAGAAAGUCAGCUCUUAAAUUUGAAUAACUGUGAAUUUGAGACUGUCAGUACCAAACAAUUGCUAUCUGAAGUCCUACAUGAUGAAAAUGGUUCAGAUUUGUUUGCAAAUGUUCCAGAAGAAAAGGAGAAUGUUAAAGUUUACCAAACGCCUCAAAACUCAUGUGGCACAUUAUUCAAAAAUGUCGGUCAAGUGCACAUUCACUAUUACAUGGGAAAAGAACGACAAAAGUAA